AUGGCGGAUCAGACCGAACGUUCGUUUCAAAAGCAACCGACUGUCUUCUUGAACCGUAAGAAAGGCAUCGGUGUUAAACGAAGCAGGAAACCGCUUAGAUAUCAUAAAGAUGUCGGCCUCGGUUUCAAGACUCCCCGAGAGACAGAGAAAGCGUUUCAGAAACAGGCUACGGUUUUCCUUAACCGUAAAGGCGGCCUGAAGCGGAAGGAUAUGAGACACCACAAAAAUGUCGGUUUAGGUUUCAAGACGCCGCGAGAGGCAAUCGAAGGAACAUACAUUGACAAGAAGUGUCCAUUCACCGGGAAUGUUUCAAUCCGAGGCAGAAUUCUCACCGGUGUUGUACAAAAGAUGAAGAUGCAAAGAACAAUCGUCAUUAGACGUGACUACCUUCACUACCUACCUAAAUACAACCGUUUUGAGAAACGACACAGGAAUAUGUCGGUACAUCUAUCACCCUGUUUCAGGGACGUCGAAUUGGGAGACAUCGUUACCAUCGGUGAGUGCCGGCCACUGUCUAAGACUGUGCGUUUCAACGUACUCAAAGUCUCCAAGGGCAAAGGCUCCAAAAAGUCUUUCAAAAAAUUCUAA